CAAACCUCUCCAUUUCCCACUUCUCUCAAAAAAAAAAAAAAUCAACAAAAAAGAAGAAGAUCAAUGGAUCCAUGUCCAUUUGCGCUGCUAAUAAUAGAGUCACUGGCACUGAAGCUCCCACAGGCGACUAGACCGGCCGGUCCAGGAGUCCACCCAUCAGCCACGCCCUGCUUCUGCAAGCUCCGCCUCAACAACUUCCCUUCCCAGACGGCUCUCCUCCCUCUCUCCACCUCCUCCGCCGCCGACUCUUCCCCCGACUCCGCCACCUCCUCCGCCAGCUUCCACCUCGACUCCGCCGCCAUCCGCCGCCUCUCCUCCCGCCGCCACCUCACCCUCCGCCUCUCCGUCUACACUGGCCGCAUGGGCCGCACUUGCGGCGUCUCCUCCGGGAAGCUCCUCGGCCGCCUCCACGUCCCCCUCGACCUCACUGGUGCCGACUCCAAGCCGGCAGUUUUUCAGGCCGGGUGGAUGAAGCUCGGUGGAGACGCCGCCAGGCUGCACAUCGUCGUCCGGUCCGAACCGGAUCCUCGUUUCGUGUUCCAGUUCGGCGGCGAGCCGGAGUGUAGCCCAGUGGUGUUUCAGAUUCAGGGGAGCAUACGGCAGCCCGUUUUUAGUUGCAAGUUUAGCGCCGACAGAAAUUCAAGAUCCCGAUCACUUCCAUCAGAUUUCACCCUCAACAGCAACAAUAGAGGGUGGACGAGGACCUUCUCAGGCGAGAGGGAGAAGCCCGGGAGGGAAAGAAAAGGCUGGAUGGUUACAAUCCACGACCUGUCGGGCUCGCCGGUGGCGGCGGCAUCGAUGAUCACCCCCUUCGUGCCGUCCCCGGGGACAGACCGCGUGUCCCGGUCCAACCCCGGCGCGUGGCUCAUCCUCCGCCCCCAUGGCUUCUCCCUCAGCAGCUGGAAGCCCUGGGGCCGCCUCGAGGCCUGGCGCGAGCGCGGCCCCGUUGACGGCCUCGGGUACAAGUUCGAGCUCGUCGUCGCCGACGCAAACCACUGCGGCCCCACCACCGGCAACAUCCCCAUCGCGGAGGCCACCAUGAGCAUGAAAAAGGGCGGCCUGUUCUCCAUCGUGAAUUCCAGUACGAGAUCGCCCGUUAAAGGGUUCGUCAUGGGGUCCACCGUGGAAGGCGAGGGCAAAGUGAGCAAACCGGUCGUCCAGGUCGGGGUUCAGCACGUGACGUGCAUGGCCGACGCUGCAUUGUUCGUCGCGCUCUCUGCCGCCAUUGAUCUCAGCAUGGACGCUUGUCGUUUGUUCUCGCAUAAGCUGAGGAAGGAGCUUUGCCACGACGACCAUGAUUACUUCUCUUAAAUUAUAAAAAGUAGUAAUAGUUUUGCUGAAUUCUCAUCUCGUUCUGAUCUGAUCUGAUCUGAUAUGGUCUGAUCUCCCCUGUUGCUGUGAUAGCCAAAUUAUGGUUUGAGCGCAGAAAAUAGAUAUACACACACAUAUAUAUAUAUAUAUAUACAUGUGAAUUCUUUGGUUCUUUUUCCCUCCUUUGAUUCUUUUGGACCAGAUUUUUGUCUCAUUUUAUUCGGGAGUCGUAGUACUAGAACUGUGACGAAGUGUGGCCUCUGUUCUGGGUUUUGGGUGUUGGAGAGUGAGAGUGGCUUCGUGGUUUUGAUUCUGCGAUAGUAGAGUAGAGUUUUUUGUCUUUUGAUUUUUACGUUGUAUACUUGGGAGAUUUUUUUUUUUUUUUUCGUUUUUUUGUUUUCUAUAAAUUAUAUUCAUAUGUACAAGUCUAAAGCUUACAAUAUCAAAU